UAGGUUGUCAAACAAGGAACUAUCUAAUAAGAAGCACUGAUGUACCUUAUCGAGAACUAAAUCUUACCGAGAAACUUUACUGGUACGAAGCGCAACACGCUGUUCGCGUUCCAACACAGGAGCAGAUUAAUUUACAGUUUCAAAAUAACAAACAAGGAAAAGGGCCCGAAGCAAGAGUUUGGGCACCCUGCAUGGAGUAACACCCUGAUGCACCGUCAAUAACUCUCGGAGACCGGAGGCAAAAGAUCACCUCCAUCUCUAAGUCACAAAUUUCUUCAGAGAAGAGGAUGAUUAACAUUACAAGCCCUGAAAAUGAUGUUUCUUUCUGUGAAAACAUCAGUGACUUCAAAUUUUCUACCUACCCUCCAGUGUACCUGGUCACAUUUAUUCUUGGGUUUAUUGAAAACAGCUUCUGUUUAUAUGUAUUCCUAAAGUUAUACAAGACGAAGACUGAAUUCAGCAUUGUCAUGGUGAACCUGGCAAUUGCGGACCUAUUCUUCGUUUGCACGUUGCCUUGGCGUGUUUAUUAUUACUGGAAAGGCGGCAUUUGGAAUUUUCCACAUUCGCUCUGCAGAUUCAUGUUUUAUGCACUCUACCUCAAUAUGUACUGCAGCAUCUACUUUCUGACCCUAAUGAGCAUCUUGCGUUAUUUUGCAAUUGUGCAUCCACUUAAAUUUUUAAAGUAUAGAACAAUUAAAAAUGUCCUAAUUUUGUGCAUAUUGAUAUGGGUAUUUGUGGGUGUAGUAGCUAGUCCUUUACUAAUAGAAGACAAUUAUAUUGCAAAGAAUAAUAGAACAAUAUGCCUUGACCCUAAAUAUAAAAUUAGUAGUAAAAUAUACAAGAUGAAUUUAAUUUCACUGCCAGUAGGUUGUGUUAUUCCCUUCCUUAUUAUCACUAUUUGUUACAUUUUUGUUCUUAAAACUUUAUUAACUUCAAAGGCAGAGCAUGCCAAGCAAAAAUGUUCCCGCAGAAAAGCUAUAGUAAUGAUUAUUAUUGUUAUGGUUAUAUUUCUGACCAAUUUCCUGCCCUACCACAUUUUGCGGACUGUCCAUCUCGCCAUGAAUUACCAUGGCAGUAAUAGCACAACCCAAGUUAAUUGUUUCAUUCAGCGUUCUGUGGUGAUCACCCUGUGUGGUGUAGCAGUCAAUACCUGUUUGGACCCUCUUUUAUAUUACUUUGGAGCAGAAUCCUUCAGGGAUAAGCUGAGAAGCAAGAAGACUAUGGUGAACAAUCAGUUAUGAUUUAUCUCCUACAAUUCAUUGUAAGACUAACAGUAUGUGGAAUUUCUCCUUGCUUCUCGGUCAAGGAUCAAUCAUAUUGGUUUUAGCUCCUGUCUUUAAACAACUUAUUUUGACAUACAAUCUUGGCAGUUUUCAUCAAAAAGCAGGAACUUAUCCUUGAGCUUAACUCCGGACAACUGUUAGAAACAUAGAAAACCUAUAGCACAAUACAGGCCCUUCGGCCCUCAAAGUUGUGCCGAAAUUGUCCCUACCUUAGAAAUUACUAGGCUUACCUAUAGCCCUCUAUUUUUCUCUAAGCUCCAUGUACCUAUCCAAAAGUCUCUUAAGAGACCCUAUCGUAUCCGCCUCCACCACCAUUGCCAGCAGCCCAUUCCUCACACUCACCACUCCCUGAGUAAAAAACUUACCCCUGACAUCUCCCCUGUACCUACUCCCCAGCACCUUAAACCUGUGUCCUCUCGUGCUAGCCAUUUCAGCCCUGGGAAAGAGCCUCUGACUAUCCACAUGAUCAAUGCCUCUUAUCAUCUUCUACACCUCUAUAAGGUCACCUCUCAUCCGCCGUCGCUCCAAGGAGAAAAGGCCGAGUUCACUUAAACUGUUUUCAUAAGGCAUGCUCCCCAAUCCAGGCAACAUCCUUGUAAAUCUCCUCUGCACCCUUUCUGUGGCUUCCAUAUUCUUCUUGUAGUGAGGUGACCAGAACUGAGCACAGUACUCCAAGUGGGGUCCUAUAUAGCUGCAACAUUAUCUCUUGACUCCUAAAUUCAAUUCCACGAUUAAUGAAGGCCAAUACACUGCAUGCCUUCUUAACCACAGAGUCAACCUGCGCAGCUGCUUUGAGUGUACUAUGGACUUGGACCCCCAAGAUCCCUCUGAUCCUCCACACUGCCAAGAGUCUUACCAUUAAUACUAUAUUCUGCCAUCAUAUUUGACCUACCAAAAUGAACCACUUCACACUUACCUGGGUUUGAACUCCAUCUGCCACUUCUCAGCCCAGUUUUGCAUCCUAUCAAUGUCCCACUGUAACCUCUGACAGCCCUCCACACUAUCCACAACACCUCCAACUUUUGUGUCAUCAGCAAAUUUACCAACCCAUCCCUUCACUUCCUCAUCCAGGUCAUUCAUAAAAAUCACAAAGAGUAAGGGUCCCAGAAUAGAUCCCUGAGGCACACCACUGGUCACUGGCCUCCAUGCAGAAUAUGAACCCUCUACAACCAUUCUUUGCCUUCUGUGGGCAAGCUAGUUCUGGAUCCACAAAGCAAUGUCCCCUUGGAUCCCAUUUCUCCUUACUUUCUGAAUAAGCCUUGCAAUGUGUACCUUAUCAAAUGCCUUGCUGAAAUCCAUAUACACUACAGCUACUGCUCUACCUUCAUCAAUGUGUUUAGUCACAUCCUCAAAAAAUUCAAUCAGACUCAUAAGACAUGACCUGCCCUUGACAAAACCAUGCUGACUACUCCUAAUCAUAUUAUACUUCUCCAAAUGUUCAUAAGUCCUGCCUCUCAGUAUCUUCUCCAUCAACUUACCAACCACUGAAGUAAGACUUACUGGUCUAUAAUUUCCUGGGCUAUCUCUACUCCCUUUCUUGAAUAAAGGAACAACAUCCGCAACCCUCCAAUCCUCCAGAACCUCUCACGUCCCCAUUGAUGAUUCAAAGAUCAUUGCCACAGAGGCUCAGCAAUCUCCGCCCUUGCCUCCCACAGUAGCCUGGGGUACAUCUCAUCCGGUCCCAAUGACUUAUCCAGCAUGUUGAUUUCCAAAAGCUCCAGCACAUCCUCCUUCUUAAUAUCUUCAUGCUCAAGCUUUUCAGUCUGCUGCAAGUCAGCACUACAAUCACCAAGAUCCUUUUCCAUAGUGAAUACUGAAGUAAAGUAUUCAUUACCUUUGUCAUUUCCUCCAGUUCCAUACACAUUUUUCCACUGUCACACUUGAUAGAUCCUAUUCUUUCACAUCUUAUACUCUUGCUCUUCAAGUACUUGUAGAAUGCCUUGGGGUUUUCCUUAAUCCUGCCCGCCUGGCCUUCUCAUGGCCCCUUCUGGCUCUCCUAAUUUCCUUUUUAAGCUCCUUCCUGUUAGCCUUAUAAUCUUAUAGAUCUCUAACAUUAUCUAGCUCUCUGAACCUUUUGUAAGCUUUUCUUUUCUUCUUGACUAGGUCUAUUACAGCCUUUGUACACCACGGUUCCUGUACCCUCCCAUAACUUCCCUGUCUCAUUGGAACGUACCUAUACAGAACCCCACACAAAUAUCCCCUGAACAUUUGCUAGAUUUCUUCUGUACUUUUCCCUGAUAACUUCUGUUCCCAAUUUAAGCUUCCAAGUUCCUGCCUGAUAGCCUGAUAAUUCCCCUUACUCCAAUUGAACACUUUUCUAACUUGUCUGUUCCUAUCUCUCUCCAAUGCUAUUAUAAAGGAGAUAGAAUUAUGAUCACUAUCCCCAAAGUGCUCUCCCACUGAGAGAUCUGACACCUGACCAGGUUCAUUUCCCAAUACCAAAUCAAGUACAGCCUCUCCUCUUGUAGGCUUAUCUACAUAUUGUGUCAAGAAACCUUCCUGAACACACCGAACAAACUCCAUCCCAUCUAAACCCCUUGCUCUAGGGAGAUGCCAAUCAAUAUUUGGGAAAUUAAAAUCUCCUAUCUUGACAACUCUGUUAUUAUUACACCUUCCCAGGAUCUGUUUCCAUAUCUGCUCCUCAAUAUCCCUGUUACUAUUGAGUGGCCUAUAAAAAACACCCAGUAAAGUUAUUGACCCCCUUCCUGUUCCUAACCUCCACCCACAGAGACUCCGUAGACAAUCCCUCCAUGGCGUCCACCUUUUCUGCAGCUGUGACAGUAUCUCUUAGCAAUGGUUACCUAAGUUCUUUCUAGCUUUUGAAAAUCAAAAUUCACAUAGCAUUUAUGUGAUAACCCUUGUUGAGUAAGCUGUUUUAUGCAUUUUCCUUCACAACAAAACUGACCAGAAACACCUGAGAAGCAAGAUCCCACCAAGAAUGAACCAAAGGAAAUUAGCAUGAUUUUUCAAAAUAACCAGAGAACGUGGUGAAACUAAAAGGUAAUGAAUCCCAAAGACCUGAUGAUCUACAACCAAGGGUUUUAACGCAUUGGGUAUAGAGACAGUGAAUUCGCUGUAUCCAAAGUUACACAUAUUCUAGAAUUUUUCUUGUUUAUUGGAAGGCAGCAAAUAAGUGGGAUUGCCUAAUGUUGAUGCUCAAGUGACAUGGGUAUUCAUAAAUCACUGAAAGUGAUUAGGGAGGCAAAUGGUAUCAUUAUUAUGCAAGGAUUUGAACACAUUCGUAAUUGAAAAGUUCAUGUCUCAUCGCUGUUAAAAUUCUCUGUCCUAAAGGGCUGUGGAGGCUCAGUUAUUGAGUUAAUUAGAAACAGAAUUUGAUAGAUAUAUGAAUAUCAAACGAAUCUGGAGAUAGGGCAAGAAAAUGAUGCAGACGUAGAUUAAUCAUGAUCUUUGUGAUUAGCAGAACAGAAUCAAAUGGCCAAAUGGCCUAAUUCUGCACUAUUUCAAUUGUUACUAAAUCUUUCUUUGGAAUCUUCUAGCCUUUUGAUAGCUGAGCUCUUUGAAUUUGCCCAGUUUUAAUUGCGCCACUGCUUUCGGCCGUGUCUCAUUUGCCAGAAUUAUAAUUUCCAGAAUUUCUUCAUAAAACCUUUCUGCUUCUCUAAAACUUACUUCUUCGACAACUGUUAGUAAAACAUGACACAUCUGGUUCAGUUUGUGAUGUUACCUUGAAAGGUUAUAAUUGUUAAAACAAUUGUAUAAAUACAAGAUGUUGCCACAGUUAUUGGCCAUAAUGCAAUAUUUGGAUACAUGCAAUUCUAACAUUAAAUUAUAUCUUAUUACUUCUUAAGACCUAGCUGUCUAUUUCUGAAACUGCAGUUACUUGUUUUAUUUCUAAUCAGUUCUUCAGGCCAUUGCUUACCAAAACCCACAUUACUGAGAAGUCUAAUUACUUACCAGGAGAGCUAGAGUACAUCUACAGUAGGUAGUUAUGUAUUUAGUGUUUGAGUUAUAUUGUAAGCAUUUUGUUGAUUAGGCAUUCUUGUUCAUUCAAAUAGUUCAUAUGUAAAGUAAAGUGAAUUGCAUACAUCAUGCACUACUACAUGAUAUGUGUGCACUUCAUUUAAAAUAAACUCUAAGUUAG